AUGGCUCGUCGGUUAGCAUCCGAAGAUUCUGAUGAAGAAUUUCAAGAAAUUCAACAUGGUAAAUUACAAAAUAGUUAUCGACAUGCACGUGAAGAUCAACGUGAAUAUACGAUAGAAAAAAAGGAUCAACUCCGAACACAAAGCAAAACAUUGUCGCAAUUAAUAAGUGAGCGUGAUGAAUUAGAUAAAGUAACUAAAUUGGCUGAAAGUCUUGAAAAUCAAAAACGUGAUGAAGAAAAAACAAAAAAAUUACAAGAACUUGUUCAAACCAAAGAUGAAAUUAAUGAUGAAAUUAAAAAUGAAAAAGCAACAUCAGCUGAUUUAGAUGCAAAAUUACGUGAAUGGCAAAAAAAAAUUCGUCAAAAACAAAGUGAAACUGGUGGUGCAAAUGCUUCAACAACAUUUAAUGCAAAUGUCCGUAAACAAGAACGUGUUCUAGAAAAUCGUUUAGAAACGGCACUUCAACGAUUUAAUUCUUUAUUAUCUACAAAUAGUUUAUUACGUUCUGAAAUUGAUAAUUUAAGAAAUGAACGUGAACGUUAUGAAAAUCUCUCUCAAAAAUCUGAACAUGAACUUCGUGAAUUACGUGCUCAAUUGGUCAGUUCGAUUGAAAAAUCAGUUAUCUCAUACGAACAACGAAAAGAUGCUAAUUCAAAAGCCAUUAUGCUUCAAAACAAAGCUGAAAAUGAUAAAGCAGCAGCUGAAGCUGAAAUGCGAGAACUUGAACGUCAAAUUUCACAUGAUCGUAAAUUACGUGAUUUCAUGAAACUUAAAUCACAAGAACGACCAGAAGAUGAAGAUCUUAUUACAUAUCGAAAACGCAAAGAGGCUGAAGCAGCUGAAAAACGUCGUAAAGAAAAAGAAGAACAUUCAAUUGAUGCAUAUGAAAGUAAAUUCAAACAAAUUCAAGAAAUUAGUGGAGAAAAUGAUUUGGAUAAACUUGUUGAUAAAUUUAUCGAAGUUGAAGAUAAAAACUUUGCAUUAUUUAAUUAUGUUAAUGAAUUAAAUAAUCAAAUUGAAACAUUACAAGAACAAAUAGCUGAUAUUAAGAAAGAAAUUCGUCGUUUUGAAGGACAAGGUGUAGAAUUAGAAGGUCAACGACAAAAAUUACUUCAACAACUUGAAAAGAAACAAACUCAAGCAGAUGUAACAGCGGAUGAAUAUCAAGAAAAAACGAAAUCGACUAAGAAAAUUCUUGAUCAAUGCCGAACAGGUGUUGAUUCAUUAUUCAAAAAGAUUGGUUGUGAUCGUCGACAAAUUGAUCAUUUACUACAAAGCCAUGAAGGUGUCACUGAAGACAAUAUAUUACGAUAUUUGGGUAUUAUAGAAGAAAGAACUAAUGAAUUACUCACGGCUCAAGCAGCAAUUGCAGCUAAAGAACAAAAUAUGUCAUUACGUGACCGUGCUCCAAAUUUGAUUGGUGAUGGCCCGUCAGGACCAGCACCUCAAGUUAAUCUUCAUCUUCCGAAUACCGAUGAUCGUCGUGAUCCAGAUGAAAGAGAUGAUAGAGCUGAUGAUGAACUUAAACCAUUAACACGUGAAGAAUUAAAACUUCGUGCUGCUGAACAAGUGAAACAUUUAGAACGUAAAGCAUUACAAGAACAAAAUAAAUACAAUGAUUUAGCAUUAUCAACAACACGUGAAAAAAGUGCACCAGGAACAUCAAGAGGGGCGGGUGGAGACAAUGGAAAAGCACCAACAUCUCGUGGACGUUAG